UGUCCGUUUGUUCUUUCCCAUUUUGCCAAGAGACUAAUUAGCUUUGUGGCAUAGCUCCAAGAUGUCUUCCGGGGACUACUACGCGGUGUUGGGGGUCGGACCGGAUGCCAGUGAAGCGGAAAUCAAGAAGGCCUACCGGAAGGAAGCGCUGAAGUGGCAUCCGGACAAGAACCCUGACAACAAGGUAGCAGCCGAGCAAAAGUUCAAAGCCGUGGCCGAGGCAUACGAGGUGCUUUCGAGCCCGGAGAAGCGAGCGCUUUACGACCGUGGCGGCAAGGAGGCUGUAUCCGGAGGUCCUAGCUUCGCGGGCGCACGCGCCGGUGGCAUGGACGCCGCAUUCAAUAUCUUCGAACAGUUCUUUGGCGGGCGCGACCCCUUUGCAGAGAUGGACAGGAUGUUUGCCGACAUGCAGGGCAUGCAGGGCAUGCACGGCAUGCACGGCAUGCACGGCAUGCACGGGCAAAGGUCUGGGAGAUCUGGUGGCGCGAGCUUUGGCGGCAUGGGUGGCUUUGGGGCCUUCAAUGACGACUUCUUCAAGGGUGGUGUCAGCGGUGGCACUUCGUUCAGCUCCUUCAGUUCAAUGAGCGGUGGUGGCGGAGGCAUGAUGACCAGCACUACAACGACAACCAGGAUGGUGAAUGGCAAGAAGGUUACUGUCACUGAGAAAACGGUGAGAAAGCCGGAUGGCACGGUGGAGACCACACGCACAGAGUCCGACGGGACAGACUCAGGUGGCAAAAACCUCAGCCGGCCUCGCGGGCCAGCCUCGCGGGCCAGCCUCACGGCCCGCCAGGCCCGGGCAUGCUGGGCAAUGACUUCGGAGGCUUCAACAGGCCGUUUGGACUUGGAUGGUAAUCCGCGGAAGUUCCUGCUGUUUCUCGUUGGCUUUUGGUAUGAGUCGUACGAGUUCAUGAAUAAUUUCCAUUGAAUUCAUGUGCAGCCACCGCAUCACUAAGUGAGACUUCAAAGCGGCUGCUGACAUGUAGUCUUGCAAGUUCUCAAAAUACUCUGCCUGGCACGAGGGCCGAUUUUGGUCGAAAGGCCACUUGGUCCGUGAUGUCAGCUUCGUCUUCAAAGACCACCACACACCGGCGUACAGGAGAUGCGGCUGGUCAAAAGACUUUCUUCCAGUUUGCUUCAUGUGAAGAUGGAGGUUGGUCAGUUCAGAGUACUCGAGAUGUUUGCCGACUCGCGUGGCUCACAGUGGCACUAGAUCGCGCC